AUGAAUCCAGAAAAGUUUAAAGAUAUAUCUCAAUUUGAUAUAACUUUUAUUGAAAUAGAUUAUGAAAGUAGAGGAAUAAUGUCACUUGAAGAUAAUGCUAUGUUAAUGAAAUUAAAAAAAUCAUUAUAUGAAGAGAUAGAUAUAAUGUUAAAAAAAAGAAAAGAAACUUUUGAAGAAAUGCUUAUACGUUUAAAAGAAGUUAAAGAAAUACUAGAAUUAAAAAAUCAAGAUAUAUUAAAAGGAAACAUAGAAUUGGAAAUAAAAGAAGAUAAAAAAAUUGAAGAAAAAAAAGAAACAUUUAAAAAAAAAUUUGUUAAAGGUAUAGUAAAAGAACAAAAUAUAGAUAGAAAGAGAUUUCUACUGGAAGGAAAUUGUAGAAGUACUGGUAGAGCAUGUCAGAUAUUAAUGAAAUCAAAAAGUUUUGUUCGGGACAAACUUUUUUCUAAAAAAAAUUCAAAUUCAAAUAAUAUUUAA